CAACUAUUUAGAGCGGCAGUCCAGUGGGGGCAGAUAAUUCUGUCUUUCCAAUUUAUAUUUGGUUGGAGGCAGAAACAAAUAGUGCUGUAAUGGGGACUCAUCAAGAAGAAGACACAUUGCUCUUAGAAGACCAUCUUCUUCCACAGACACAAAACUGCAAAAUCUAUGCAGGAGAUGGUUCAGUUGACAUUAAGGGGAACCCUGUUCUAAAAGCUAAUACUGGAAGCUGGAAAGCUUGUCCCUUUAUACUUAGUACUGAAUGUUGUGAGCGGUUGGCGUACUAUGGGAUUGGCAUAAAUCUUGUGAGCUAUCUCACAAAAUAUUUGCAUGAAGGAAAUGCCUCUGCUGCUACAAAUAUCACCACUUGGGCAGGCACCUGUUACCUUACUCCCCUUAUUGGAGCUUUCCUGGCAGAUGCAUACUGGGGAAGAUAUUGGACCAUUGUUGCCUUCUCAACCAUUUAUUUCAUUGGAAUGUGCACAUUGACUCUAUCAGCUUCUGUUCCUGCUUUAAGGCCUGCUGGGUGUGAGGGUUCUGUGUGCCCUUCUGCUACUCCUGCCCAGAAUGCAGUAUUCUUUUUUGGUCUCUAUCUGAUAGCGCUAGGAACCGGUGGGAUUAAACCGUGUGUUUCAUCAUUUGGUGCUGAUCAGUUUGAUGACACUGAUCCAACAGAAAGGCCUAAGAAGGGGUCCUUCUUCAACUGGUACUAUUUCUCAAUCAACAUUGGUGCUUUAGCCUCGAGUACUAUAAUUGUCUGGAUCCAAGAGAAUGCAGGGUGGGGGAUUGGGUUUGGCGUUCCUACGUUGUUUAUGGCCAUUGCUAUUGCAAGUUUCUUUUUGGGCACACCCCUUUACAGAUUUCAGAAACCCGGGGGAAGUCCUCUAACAAGAAUGUGCCAGGUCCUGGUUGCAUCAUUUCGCAAACGAAACUUGACUGUCCCUACUGAUAAUACACUUCUUUAUGAAACUCGGGAUGGAGUUUCUGCAAUUGAUGAAGGAAGCCGAAAACUGUUGCAUUCUGAUGAAUUUAGGUGCCUGGAUAAAGCUGCUGUAAUAUCAGAUGCUGAACUAAAAUCAGGAGAUUAUUGUGAUUCUUGGAGACUUUGUACUGUAACACAAGUUGAAGAAUUGAAGAGAUUGGUUCAAUUGCUCCCUGUAUGGGCUACUGGAAUAGUCUUUUUUGCUGUCCAUGCCCAACUGCCCACACUGUCUAUAGAGCAGGGCAUGACAAUGGACACUACCAUCGGUUCGUUCAACAUUCCAGCAGCCUCGCUUUCUAGUUUUAACAUUAUCAGUGUUCUAGUCUGUGUCCCAAUCUAUGACAGGGUCCUCGUCCCCGUUGCCAAGAAAAUCACUGGGACCGAAAGGGGAUUUUCUGAGCUGCAACGCAUGGGCAUCGGGAUUUUCAUAUCAAUGUUGUGUAUGUUAGGCGCUACAUUGGUUGAGACGAAGCGACUAGAGCUUGGACGAGAGCUUGGUCUAGUGAAUGAGGGCAGUGCGGUGCCAAUGAGCAUCCUGUGGUUGGUGCCUCAGUAUGUUUUGAUGGGAGCUGCCGAGGUUUUUACAUGCAUCGGGCAGAUCGAGUUCUUCUAUGAUCAAUCGCCCGAAUCCAUGCGAAGCUUGUGCACUGCAUUGGCACUACUCACCACUUCCCUGGGAGCCUACUUGAGCUCAUUUAUGAUCACUGUUGUCACAUCUGUUACAGGGUGGAUUCCUGAUAACUUGAACCAGGGACACCUUGAUUAUUACUUCUUGCUCUUGGCUUUCCUUGGCUUCUUAAACAUGGUGGCAUACCUCUUCUGUUCCAAGUUGUAUAAAUCCAAGCAGGUAUGUUAGUGUUUUCAAGACUGUUGCACACCCCCUUGUGCUCUUAUAAUUCUAGCUUGUAUCUAAAUCAAUUCAUUUCUGGUGUUAAACUCAAGAUUAUAUAUGUAACUAAUAAGACAAAAACUUGUGUGAGACUGUCUCACCGUUUUGUACAUAAUAAAAGUCUUAGUUUCUACUUUAA